CGGGGGGGAGCCGGGAGCCGCCGCGGGUGGAUGCGCGGGGGGCGGCGGAGAGGCGGGCUGGGCUCCGCCGGCAGCCCCGAGCGCUCAGGGCCGCCCGGGCUGCCCGCACCGAGGUGCUCUCUUGUCCCGGGCGCCCUGGGAGGUGCUUGGCGGCUUCUCCCUGCACUGCAGGAAUUCUCCUGCCUCCAGCCACCGGCUUGGGCACCGUGGUGUGUGGCCAGCAGCCUUGGACCAGCAGCAGCCCCACGGAGGAGGCUUUGCAGAAGACCUGAGCUGAGGCUGGGGGACUGAGCGCAGCACCUGGACACAGAGUUAAGGAGAGGUGUUUAUGGCGUGUGGCAGAGGGUGAGGGGUGCAAGCAGCUUUCACUUCCAGAACGUACCCGCCUCCUGAGUCUCAGAUGACAGAGGGCCGGCACUGCCAGGUGCAUCUCCUCGAUGACAGGAACUUGGAGCUGCUGGUUCAGCCCAAACUUUUAUCUCGGGAAUUACUGGAUCUGGUGGCCUCACACUUCAACCUGAAAGAAAAGGAGUAUUUUGGGAUAACAUUUAUAGAUGAUACAGGUCAGAGCGUCUGGCUGCAGCUGGAUCACAGAGUCCUGGACCAUGACUUGCCCAAGAAACCAGGCCCGGCAACUUUGUACUUUGCUGUUAGGUUCUACAUCGAAAGUAUUUCCUUUCUCAAGGACAAAACCACAGUAGAGCUGUUCUUUCUGAAUGCCAAGUCCUGUGUACACCAGGGGCAGAUCGAGGUGGACAGCGAGACCGUCUUCAAGUUGGCAGCCCUGGUUCUGCAGGAAGCUAAAGGGGACUAUUCCAGUGAUGAAAACACUAGAAAAGACUUGAAGACGCUGCCUGUCUUUCCUACCAAGACACUGCAGGAGCAUCCAUCACUCGCUUACUGUGAGGACAGAGUAAUUGAGCAUUAUACACAAAUUAAAGGUCUGACCAGAGGACAAGCCAUUGUUCAGUACAUGAAAGUGGUAGAAGCUUUGCCAACAUAUGGAGUUCAUUACUAUGGAGUAAAGGAUAAACAAGGAAUCCCGUGGUGGCUUGGCAUAAGUUACAAAGGAAUAGGCCAGUACGACUUACAAGACAAAGUUAAACCCAGAAAACUAUUUCAAUGGAAACAGCUGGAAAAUCUCUAUUUCCGUGAAAAGAAGUUUGCUGUGGAAGUACAUGAUCCCCGCAGAAUUUCAGUGUCAAGAAGGACCUUUGGUCAGAGUGGAUUGGUAGUGCAAACCUGGUAUGCAAAUACUUCCCUGAUCAAGUCCAUCUGGGUGAUGGCCAUCAGUCAACAUCAGUUUUACUUGGACAGAAAGCAAAGCAAAGCAAAAAUUCCUUCAGCCAGAAGUUUGGAUGAUAUCGCCAUGGAUCUGACGGAGAUGGGAACACCAAAAGUUUCAAAACUAGUGACUUUGGAGGCAAAGAACCAACUUAUUAUGGCCAGCAACGGCAGUUUGAUCUCAUCAGGCUCUCAGGAUUCAGAGGUCAGUGAAGAACAGAAGAAGGAGAAAAUUAUGGAACUAAAGAAGAAAGAGAAACUCCUUCAGGAAAAACUGCUGCAGAAAGUUGAGGAGCUGAAGAAAAUCUGCCUGCGGGAGGCGGAGCUGACGGGUAAGAUGCCCAAGGAGUACCCUCUGAGCGCCGGGGAGGAUCCUCCCCAGGUCAGGAGACGUGUUGGCACAGCGUUCAAGCUGGAUGACAACCUGCUCCCCAGCGAAGAGGAUCCUGCUUUGCAGGACUUGGAGAGCAAUUUUAUCAUACAGCAAAAGCUGGUGGAAGCUGCAAAGAAACUUGCUAGUGAGCCUGACCUCUGCAAAAACGUGAAGAAGAAAAGAAAGCAGGAGUAUGCUGAUGCUGUGAAAAAGCUGCAAGAGAUAGAAAAUUCCAUAAAUGAAUAUAGAAUCAAGUGUGGCAAAAAACCAACCCAGAAAUCAAGUCUUACUCUACCAGAUGACAUAAUUCCAUCUGAGAGCAGCUCCCUGUCCGAUACAACCACCUACGAUGAUGUCAGUGAAUCGCUUCCUGUGGCAGCACAGAGACCCAGCUCUGCGCAGCUUUCUCCAAGGCUCCCUCCACCAAAGUCCCUCGGGGUGGAGAGAAUUCAUCUCAGAAAGUCAUCCAUCAACGAGCAGCUCUUGGAAACCAGGCACUCCAGGGACCUGCUUUCGACUCACAGCAGUCCUUACCGAACCCUGGACCGGCCACCCCAGCCCCAUGGGGGGAGAAGCAUGCCUACAACCCCCGUGCUCACACGCAAUGCUUACAGUAGCAGCCACUUACAGCCAGAUGUUUCCCCGCACCAUUGCCGGCAGCGCAGUGGAAGUCUCGAAUCCCAAACCCACCUGCUGUCCGAGGCUCCUGCUGAAAAGGCAGCCUUCACCCUCUCAAAGUCCCAGCGAAGCAGCAGCACAGAGAUCCUCGAUGAUGGAUCAUCCUACACUAGCCAGUCAAGUGCAGAGUAUUACUGCGUGACACCUACUCCCAAUCCGUAUUAUACUACUCAGACACUCGACAACAGGACCAGGGGUCGAAGACGGUCAAAGAAACAAAACAUUUCUGCUGCAAAUUCAGGAAGUAUGCCAAAUCUUGCCCAGAAGGAUGUCCGCAAUGGUGUCUACCACAAAAGUCAGGAACAGCCUUCCUCUAGUUACUAUAUUUCUGGAUAUUCCCCAUACACCGAAUCUGACAUUUAUUACAAUGGAGGAUAUGUUUAUGAGAGUGAUACAGAGGGACAGUACAGCGUCAAUCCUUCCUAUCGCUCAUCAGCACAUUACGGAUAUGACCGUUACAGGGAAUUCAGGUCUUACCAUGAGGAUGAGGUGGACAGAGUACCGCACAACCCAUAUGCAACCCUAAGGCUUCCACGGAAGCAAGUUGCUAAAACGGAGCACAUAACCAAAAACAUUCACAAGGCCUUAGUAGCAGAGCAUCUCCGCGGCUGGUACCAACGUGCCUCCAGUCAAAAGGAACAGGGUCACAGCCUGCAGGCAGGCUUUGAGUCUGACAGAGGAUCUCAAAGGAGUUUGGGCUUUGCUGGUCUGCAGGUGCCGUGCUCUCCUAGCAGUCGGGUGUCAUCUUUCUCUUCGGCAUCUUCUGCAAACACUGCUGGGAACUGGCGAAACCCACUUGCACUGGGACUUUCAGACUAUGAUACGCUGUCCCAUUCCUCUUAUGCCAGCUGUUACGCGAAUGUUUAUGGCAACCUUCCUUUGCAGAGCAGAGUGUACGCGGAGCCAAGCCAACUGGGUGGCAAUGAGGACAGCCGGCUGGAAGACGACUUGCACAACAACGAGCAGAGGUUAUUCUGGCACGAGGAUUCAAAGCCCGGGACGCUCGUGUAGACUGCCUGCAGCCCCCCAUUCGUACCCUUGUGUGCCUUGCACAAAGUGCUGUGAGUCCCAGGCAGGUCUCGGGUGGAACUUCCAAACCAAACAAGAAGAGGAAGCAGGCUGUUUUGCUGGGAAAGAUGAAAUUCAGCAUGAAGAGGGACUGUAGCAAAAAAUGACAAAGUCUUACCAUGACCGGCAUUUCUUUCUGAAUCCAGAUAGCCUCCACGAGGAAGAGCAAGCCACAGUCGAAUCGAUGACUAGAUGCAGCACUUGGUUGAAGUAUUUAUAUUUAGCAAGCACUUUUUGGGAAGAUUGGAAGGUAUUGAAGGCAAACCUCAGAGGGAAAAAAAAAAAAAAAGGCAAAAA